UUCGGUCUGUCUGCAGCCCUCCUGGGUCGGCAGGAAGGCCUAAGGAAGAAGCGUGCCGCGGCCACUGGGCCAUGAGUGCGGCGUGGAGAGGGGGCCGCCCCGCUUGCCUCUAGCUCGGCGCUUUGCGGGGCCGCCCACGCCGUCUCUCUGGCUGGGGUAGGGGGGAGUCAAUCAAUGAGCCCACUCCAGCUGCCCCACUGCGCCCCUCCCAACACGCCUGGCCCGGGUCUCCGGCCCGGCUCCGUUACCACCCACUUUUGGCUCGUCAUUUCCUCUCCUCUCCGCCCGCCAGGGCAGAACCGCACACCUCAGUCUUGGAGCUCAACCAAGCGGUCUCCCUUUCUUCCUUGGGCGCUAAGGCCAGUCCAUUCGGUUCCGGGAACCUCACUCUUGGAAGAUUGCUAGUCCUGAACAUUCCUUUCCUGGAUGCUGCACAACUUGCUUUUCAUAUUGUUGGUCUUAUUCAUUGCUCAUUUCGUGAGCUCUCCCUCCCUUUUCUUCCACUUUUGUGUGUCACUUUGAACGUGUACCUCUUGAUUUAUUUAUUUUUUUCUCAUAUACUUUCCAUGUUAACAUUUCUUCAUCAGAUGUGGGAUUUUCGUUAGGGUGAGAAGAAAUCUCCGUUGACAACCAAGUAUGGAGGAGCAGUUAGUAUGUACCAGGCAUCAGUCUGUGUGCUCGAAGAGAGUGGGUAGAGUCUUCUAGGAUCUCCAGUGUGAAAUUCACCGUGUACAGUAUUCUAACUUGGAGGGACCAUGGAGCAGUAUACAGCAAACAGCAAUAGUUCAACAGAGCAGAUUGUUGUACAAGCUGGACAGAUUCAGCAGCAGCAGCAGGGUGGUGUCACUGCUGUCCAGUUGCAGACUGAGGCCCAGGUGGCAUCCGCCUCAGGCCAGCAAGUCCAGACCCUCCAGGUAGUCCAGGGGCAGCCAUUAAUGGUACAGGUCAGUGGAGGCCAGUUAAUCACAUCAACAGGCCAACCCAUCAUGGUGCAGGCUGUCCCUGGUGGACAAGGUCAAACCAUCAUGCAAGUACCUGUAUCUGGGACACAGGGUUUGCAGCAGAUUCAGUUGGUCCCACCUGGACAGAUCCAGAUCCAGGGUGGGCAGGCUGUGCAGGUGCAGGGCCAGCAGGGCCAGACCCAGCAGAUCAUCAUCCAGCAGCCCCAGACAGCUGUCACUGCUGGCCAGACCCAGACACAGCAGCAGAUUGCUGUGCAGGGGCAGCAAGUGGCACAGACUGCUGAAGGGCAGACCAUUGUCUAUCAGCCAGUUAAUGCAGAUGGCACCAUUCUCCAGCAAGUUACAGUCCCUGUUUCAGGCAUGAUCACCAUCCCAGCAGCCAGUUUGGCAGGAGCCCAGAUUGUUCAGACAGGAGCCAACACCAAUACAACCAGCAGUGGACAAGGGACUGUCACUGUGACACUACCAGUGGCAGGCAAUGUGGUCAAUUCAGGAGGGAUGGUCAUGAUGGUGCCUGGUGCCGGAUCUGUGCCUGCUAUCCAAAGAAUCCCUCUACCUGGGGCAGAGAUGCUUGAAGAAGAGCCUCUCUAUGUGAAUGCCAAACAGUACCACCGCAUACUUAAGAGGAGGCAAGCCCGGGCCAAACUAGAGGCAGAAGGGAAAAUUCCAAAGGAAAGAAGGAAAUACCUGCAUGAAUCUCGGCACCGUCAUGCCAUGGCACGGAAGCGUGGUGAAGGUGGACGAUUUUUUUCCCCAAAGGAAAAGGAUAGUCCUCAUAUGCAGGAUCCAAACCAAGCAGAUGAAGAAGCAAUGACACAGAUCAUCCGAGUGUCCUAACCCCAGGCCAUGUGAUGGAGCUGAGCAAGAUCGUGUUCCUCGCCACUGUUUCUCACUGUUCUAGGAAAUUGAUCAGAUCUUCCAGUGGGACACUGAUGAACACAUUCUGCCCUUUUCUACAGGACAGAAACCUACUUAGUUUUAACAAGUGGCUCAGUAUAAUUGCAGUGGUAUCUGGCAAAUUGAAGUUGCAAACCUUUGUCUCACCCUUUCAGUCAGGACCUAUUUUAGACUAUUGAUGACAUUGACAUUUCAUGGAUUAGGAUGAUGCAAGGGACCCAUGCCAGCCCUGCGGUACCACACAUAGCACUUAUGUUGACUGGUGAAGCCAGCCAGCCAUCUCAGCAGGGAAGAACAACCUUCUCAACCUAAACUGCAAUCAGGGAAGCUGCAGCCCACUCCUUCCCAUGGAAUCUAAACAUCAUCCAUCCCUCUAAUGAGGGAUCUCAGGCUGACUAAGUGAAUGGACAGUUUGUAUUCAGAGAUGACUUCCAGGCAAGGAAGUUCCAUCUCCUGAUAUGGAAACAAUAAAUUCUCUGAGAUGCAUUCAUCUAAUCUGUGGUAAUAAGAAUCUGUCUGCCCAGAUGAUAGGUUGGUAUUUUUGGACUCCAACCAAGAAAAAUCUAAUUCUGGAGAUAGAAUGAUAAAAGACUAAAGCACUAAAAAUAUAAAUUGCUGAAUUUUUUAGCUUUGACAAGUUGUCUGCUUGUCCAUCUGUUCACAGGUCAUCUGGACCAUAGUUCUUACUAUGGCUCUUUUUAAGACAAUUUAGAAGGUAUUGGACCUUGAAACUGCCUUUCCUAAGUAGAGAAGAAAACAGUACAACGAUUUCUCUGCUGAAGUUCCAAGGACAUUUGUAAUAACUCUUAAACAGAGAGCCAAACUAGAGAUUUUCAAUCAUAGGCUUGGUGUGACAGCAUUUGGGAAAUAGAAGGGUUUGUGUGUGUUUAAGCCUACAAGAAGAGAGAGAGUAGUGUGUACCCAUGUGUUGUCAUAUAGCAUGAUUCUCCAGUGGAUGGAUGCCUAGGAUGGAUCAUUAAGAUGAAGAGACUAAUUUACAUUUACAGUAACCUUUUAACAAGCAUGGAAAGGGAGAAGUCUGAGAUUUGGUCCUUGAGAAUUUCUGGAAAGCACUGUUCAGUCAAGCUGUCCUGGACAUACUCCAGAUUACCCACUAGAGCUUGAGGUGGAUUCUGGCUUCACUCCUGCAGCGCUUUGUGUGAACAUUUUCAUUCUUCCCAUGGCUGUUGACUUUUUGGUGCCAGUUUCCAUUUGUUUCCCACUUUUCCCCAUGGGCCUUGUGCACAAAGGUUUUCACAUUCUGGAGAUAAACUGCAGACUGGAAAUAAAGAUGCCUGCGGUAUGAGAUUCCUGCAGUGUCAGGAACUAGGCCAUAGUUCCUAGAAUGGAUUGUGCCUCAGAAAUCUAUUUUCUUUCUACAUGUUAAACCCUGGGAGAAGUAAGAUGAUAUUUCGGAAGAGUUGCUGCCUUCUCUGGAAACAAAGAAGGAAAACUUAAUUCUUUUGAAGAACAUCUGGGUUUGACUUAAAUACCAAGAGUAAAGAUUGGCUCUUUUUAAAUAAUUGUAUUAAGAGGGAAAAGAUAUAAAACCCUCUGAAGAAAACACCACAAAGGGAAAUCAUUGUAAUGGUAGAAAUAGAUAGAGGUACAAAGCUAUGCAAAGGAAGCAGGAAGUGAGGUAUCUUCCUCGUUCUGGAAUCCAAUCAUCUGUCCUGGCUUCCAAUUAUCGAGAGAGGCUAAUGAUGCUUUGGUAGGUUCACUAGAAACUUCUGGCUCUUUACAUGAGUUUCAGAUAUUAAUUUUAUUCAGUAAGCCCCAAGUUUUUCAGAUGAUAGGUUACUAAAAACAAUGAGGAGUUUAUAUCCCUUGGUUUAUUUAGGAGUCUUUAAGAUGCAGAGUUCAGAAAGAAAUUCCUCAGACCUAAUUUUUAGUACUUAAGCCAACAGCAGUUCUAAAAUACUAUUUAUUUGUGUAAGUUUGUACAUAGUAAUACCAACCUCAUAUUGUUGCAGAAUUUAUUUUUUCCUGAAUUUGAGUUUUGAGAUGACAUACGUCAGUUGUCAUUUUGUUACUGCAUUUCAACUAACUCAUGGCCCUUGAUUAUGGUUAUUUUAGCACACCAUAAUAACCCACAAAGUGGGUUGAGGUUUGGAUUUUUUUGUUGUUACUAAAAGUUCUUUUAUUCAUUUGUCCUUGUGACUAGUGAUGACUUCAUAGAUGCAGAAAGUGAGUGAAUGAAUAAUUGGUUUAAUGCAGUUAUUUCAAUUCUUGUGUUUUGUUGGUUUUUUUUGGCAGGAUAAUUGUAAAUAUAUAUUUUAAUUACACUGGUACAUUGAAUAUGUCAGUGUCUAUACCACUGGACCAACAGCAUUUUCUGGCUUUUGGGUGCCUGAUAAUAAUGUCUUGAUUUUCCUUUGGGACUCAACUACAUAGAAGGUUUUCCCCCCAUCAACAGUAGGGGGAGUACAGGUGAUUGAUCAUUGAUGUCAUUGCAAUUGUUAUUUUUUAAAAUAAAUUUUUAAAAAUACUAAGAA